AUGUCAUUUUCGGGGCUUCGAAAACAAUUUAAUAAAGCUAAUCAGUAUCUCAGCGAAACGAUGGGUGCAGCAGAACCGACGAAAUUUGAUGAUGAAUACAAUUCGAUGGAAAAAGUCAAAGUCGAUACAACUUAUGAAUUGAUAAAUGCUUUAAUUGCUGCUACAAAUGAAUAUUUGCAACCGAACCCAGCCACAAGAGCAAAAAUGGCAACAAUGGGAGCAUUAUCGAAAGUUCGAGGAACGUCAAAAUCAUCAAGUUAUCCGCAAACCGAAUUUCUUCUGGGCGAAACAAUGCAAAAGUAUGGAAUAGCUUUAGGGAAUGACUCUGAUCUUGGGAAAGCUUUAAUGGAUGCUUCGGAAGUUUAUCGUCAGAUGGCUGACAUAAAAUACCAGUUAGAAGAUUGUGUGAAGCAUAAUUUUUUGGAUCCACUAGCUCAUUUAUUACAAACUGAUUUGAAAGAAGUUAAUCAUCAUCGUACAAAACUUAAAGGUCGUCGUUUAGAUUAUGAUUGUAAGAAAAGGCGGCAAACAAGGGAUGAAGAAUUAAUUCAAGCGGAAGAAAAAUUAGAAGAAUCAAAGCAAUUAGCUGAACAAGCGAUGUUUAAUUUACUUAGCAACGAUGUUGAACAGAUUUCGCAACUCUGUGCUCUAGUUAAUGCGCAGAUAGAAUUUCAUCGUCAAACUCUUAACGUCCUUGAAAGUUUACAUGUUAAGCUUCAAGAGAGAGUAAGCGAAGCAAGCGAGCGACCUCGCACUGAGCAUAUCGUUAAACCUGUUUUAACAGAUAGGACUCCAAGAAGCAGGUCACCACAAAGUAAUAAUCAAAUAUUAAAUCAUGGGAAUGUCCAGCCGUCAGCACCUGUUGCUGCACCAGUAUCCGUUUAUCCAUCAACAAAUGGUGGUGAAUGGUCGAUGCCAGUAGGUGCGAAUACUACAUCUAAUUUUAAUCAAACUUCAUAUAAUUCAGCAACAACAGCAGCAGUAACAAUGAAUACAAAUUCAUCAACCAACCAAUGUAAACCAACGGUUAAAGCACUGUAUGACUUUGAAGCACUAAAUGAAGGUGAAUUGGAAUUCAAAGAAGGCGAUGUAAUUGAUCUCGUUUCGCAAAUUGAUGAAAAUUGGUAUGAAGGAACUCUUCGAGGUAAAACUGGUUUCUUUCCGAUCUCUUAUGUUCAAGUACUCGUUCCUUUGUAA